CGCCCCAGCGCCCCAGCGAAACGUGGUCAAUUGGGGCCAAUAUUUUUUCCCAGGUCGCCCCAACAACCACCGACUGCACUUUCGCUUACGUCGAAUCAAAAGCAAUGCGAACCAUAGCAAAAUAUGGGUCAAAUGAUGAUGAUGAUGUCCAGACGUCCUAACUUUGCGCCGAGACGUUGAAACUUUCUAUUGGUUUCGCGCAAUCGGAAGCGCAAGCCAGUGGCUCGACCAUAAGAACUGGAGCAUGCAAAGCUGCCGUCGACACCUUACUUAGAAGAAGAACGAAGCUACUUUACACCGAUUAGCACCUUUUAUCUUCCUGCGAAGAAAACCAGGUCAUUUCACAGUCGAACUCCGUCGAACGAGUGAGGGAAAUCUAUCCUUGCCGCCCGAUAUAUGGCCCAGUUUCAACGAGCCAGAAAAUAUUUGUCACGUUUCGAAGCACAGGAGCAGAGGAGCCGGAAACGGCUAGUUGGUGGUUCAUGGUGCAGGAAUAGCUCACGAAUAAUUCGAACCUCGAUUGGGCCGACCGGAGCCGAUUACUGUGUUUACAGCGGACGGUUCAUGUUCAUUUCAUCGCUAGAUGAGUGCGCGAUAAGACGCGUCUCUACUGCUUCUCGCUGAUAAGACAAAUGUGGAAUGAGUGCAGCUAGAACUUAGACUGUGUGUGUGUGUGUGUGAGAGUGUGUACGUGUGAAAUUGUAAAAGGACAUUCAAACAACGCGUGUGUGCUACAAGUUUAGUGGAAAAAGGCGCCGCAGCAAGCUGUUACUAUUAAGAACCCGACAAGGAUACACACAAUUAUGCCAAACACCAUGGGCCACAUUAAGCGAUCGAUCGUUUUAGCGCUAUUUGCACAGCUGCUCGGCUACAGUGAACCGAAAACGAUCGUUUUCAAUUCAUACUCGAGUGCACCGGCCCACCAACAGCCGGAGCCGGAGCCGGAGAGCAGCCGGAAUGUGACCAGCGAGCGGCAACAAAUCGCUGGCAGUGCACACCGCCAGGAAGCAAGUGAAUCCUCCGGCCGAGGGUUUUCCAGCGGCGGUGGCAGUGGAGCACCUAGCUUCCCAUUCUCGAUACAUCCCGAUUUCCUUUCGAAGCCGGUGCAGGUGGCGAGACCGAACGCCGGUUACAAGACGCCGAAAUACAUUGUCUAUCCGAGCUACUCGCAAAACACUGCCAACAGUGUACCGUACUAUAACGCUCCAGUCGCAAUGGACCGAUUUGCACCCGGCGAAGCGUACGGCGGCACCAUCUACAAGCUGAAGAGGCAAAAGCAACCCGCAGCCGCUCCGUUUGCAUCGAUACCGGCCGCUUCCUUCAACAGCCCGGUCAGCGUACCGAUCCCGGGUGCGCUGCGGCCUGCUGCCUCCGACAACAGUCCGGUCAGUGUGCCUGCGCCACCGUCAGGACCGCCAUCACCACCAGGACCACCACCACCACCACCGUCACAGCCAGACCAACCGAUCUUUGUGCCGACGCCCGUGCCCAACUCUGGUGAGGAUUCGUCGCCAUCAUCCGCUUCCACGACCGAACCCAUCCUGCCCACCUCGCCCAGUUCGACGAUGGAUGCUUCUUCCGAAAUUACCCUCUUCCCUCCCAACUCCCACACCGGUCAUUUGCCCCCGUCGGACAAAAAGCCCACCAUGGACAGUUACAAACCGUCGAGCGAUUUGUUCCAAUUUCCUCCCAACACUAACGCCUCCUAUCCAGGUGGGACCUUCGAACGGUCUAAAAACCCGGUUACGAGCUAUCUGCCGCCACCUUCGGGUGACAAUACCGUGGCUGUCGCCGCACAGGCUGGCCAGUCGUCGUACAAAGGUACGGCCGAGCUGUACCAAUUCCCGCCCAAUGUUAACGCCAGCUAUCUGCCGCCGGAUGGCAAUGGGGACGCUGACUCUACCGAACACACUGGCACAAGCUACGGGGCGGCACCUUCGGGUGAUCCCCGUUCGCCGGCCAAUUUAAAGCCCGUUCCCAACAAUGAAUGGGUCAAUCCGACGGGUUCACUUCAACCGAACGAACUGCACCGAUUCCCACCCAACACGAUGGCUAACUAUCUGCCACCGGAUGGACCCAAUUCUCCCGCACUGCCCUCCGCCACCAGCUACAUACCACCCCCUUCGGGUGAUCCCCAGGCAGCGGCCAACUUAAAACCCGCCCCCUCCGCUCACAUGCCUUCCGGCAACUUCAAAUUCCCUCCCAACAUUCAUUCGGACUAUCUUCCUCCCAGUGGGAAAGAGUCCCCGCCAGCCUCCGUCACUAGCUACCUUCCACCGCCGUCGGGCAAUCCGAACUCCCCCGUCAAUCUUACCCCACCCAAAGCACCGCCCUCACCCUACCGCCCACCGUACAUGGCACCGGCCGAGUUGUACAAAUUUCCACCGAACGUCCAUUCGCCCUAUCUGCCCCCCUCGAACCGACCCGAACCGAGCCAAAACAACGCUGUGACCAGCUAUCUUCCUCCUGCUUCCGGCAUUCCAGGUGACGAUGCCAUCGGUACCAUAUCGGUUGGUCCGGGCAAGCCGCAGUAUCUGCCGCCGAGCUACUCCGAUAAUCGCCCACCGAUGCAGCAAAUGUCCCCGCAGAUGGCGAUGCCGAUGGCGAGUGCUCCGGCAAUGGAUGGCCCACCGUCCGGCCCACCGUCCGGCAUGGAUGCAGACUACGACCAUCACCAUCACGAUCACGACCAUCACCAUCACGAGCAUGAUUUUCCUUACUUCACCGGCUUCGACCAUGAUCACUAUCCGGACAUCAUCUUCGACCACGAUCACGACCAUCACCAUUAUCACGACGAGCCCGCGACGACGCCUCCUCCGCCACCGCCACCGCCGGCACCGGAAACGCCCAGGGUUAAGAACUACAGCUACUACUACCUCAGCCGAACGCUUUGGUACGUGCCGCUGUACUUUACGCUGUACUUCACCGUGUACGUUGCGAUUCUGAUCAUCCGGUCCAUCGCUCGCCAUAAGGUUAAUCUACCGAAUCAAUGGGUCGGCAAUACGCGAUCGUUUGGCAGCAUCCGGGACCUGAGCAACAAGGAGGUGCAGGAGAAAGCGAACAUGAUGGCAGCGUUCGCGAUGAAGCAGAUCGAGGAUUUUAGGGAAAAAUAUUUAUAAUGCAUUAGCGCUUAGUGGCAGGAUUGCGAGGAGUCCCCGCGGUUAAUUGGACGCUAGACAUGCUCACCCAGGACGCAGACAUGGACCGCAGUCGGGUGGGAAUGUUUAUUGAUCAAUGAAGAACUGUAAACUACCUGGU